GGAGAGGGCCCCUGCAGAGGAGGACAUUCCGGGAGGCAGUGGGCACCUCGGGACCCCGGGGAGGUGUGGCCCGCCCUGACCUCAGCAGCUCCAGCAGCGUGAGAAAUACCUAAUCAUUACAUGUUGGAGUUUUUAUGGCUGAAAUUUUUGUGAACUUUGACAGUCUUUGAAAAAUUGGUCAUUUUUGCCUUUGUUAAAUAUUUUGUAAAUAGACACUAAUCGAAGUGCAACUUGCAGGGAUCUUGUGCUUUAGUAAGAUGAAAUGUGGCAACUGUGGGGAAAUUUCAGAGAAGUGGCAAUACAUCCGCCUGAUGGACAGUGUGGCGUUGAAGGGAGGUCGUGGCAGUGCCUCUAUGGUCCAGAAGUGCAAGCUGUGUGCACGGGAAAAUUCCAUCGAGAUUUUGAGCAGCACUAUCAAGCCUUAUAAUGCUGAAGAUAAUGAGAAGUUCAAGACAAUUGUGGAGUUUGAGUGCCGGGGUCUUGAACCAGUUGAUUUCCAGCCCCAGGCAGGAUUUGCUGCUGAGGGUGUGGAGUCAGGGACAGUCUUCAGUGACAUUAAUUUGCAGGAGAAGGACUGGACGGACUAUGACGAAAAGGCUCAGGAGUCUGUGGGAAUCUUCGAGGUCACACACCAGUUUGUGAAGUGCUGAACCCUCUUGCUGCACACUUCCCCUUAAGAACUGAGAAGAGACAAAGUGGCCCAAGCAGUAGCACCUGCAGAGGCUGGUGCCCAUGCCCCUCAUCUCUUGGCAGCUGUACAGUGCCCUCUCAGUCUGCAUGCUGGGCUUUGUCUUAGUUCCUGAGCCUCACCAAUAAAGCCCCUGUUCUGGCCACGCUGGUGUGUGAGGGAGAA